AUGUCAGGUUACUAUGUUGGACCCUUCGGCCGUAUGUUACCCGCCAACGACCAUCCAUCAGCAGAGGACCCGGAGCGACCAGCUAAUAAAUCAGAAUCCGGGGAUAACCCAUACCAGCUUCCACCACCACGUGCACCAGCAAACUUGCAAUUUGGAACAGAUCCCUUUUUACGACGAGAAAAUACCGACGCAGGGACUGGCCCAGCGGAAUCUGCUUCCCAUUCGCAACCUCAAAGGACCGAGCAAUUACCUUCUGUGCGACACUUAUUGACCCCUGUUACCGGCCCGAACUCGCCUCCUGCCUACCAGCCAUUCGGAACUUCUACUGGAACCGACCAUCGUGAAUACUCGUAUCCAUUUCGCCAGCAUGAACCAGCUCAAGCUUCACAAAUUACUCCACUCCCUGCCCAAGGAGCCAAAGGACGCUCAGAAUCAUUUCCCCAGCCGCAGACAGGCACCUUUCCGUCGCUGUCACAGGUGACUAUGCAUAGCCCUCGAGAUAUUAAACAUCACACGGCGACGCGAAGUGACCCGUCAUCGGCUUCCUUCCACGGUCAACCGCCUUACCAUGGUGCGCCAUAUCACGAAACCCCUUCAAGCGUGGGAGACAUUUCAUCUCCCGAGAGCACGAGUCGAACGAAAGCCCAGUCUGUGCUUCCGCAUGUAAUCGACGAACGAUACGUCGAGGGAGAGGGCAUUUGUUAUGUUUAUGCCGACGGAACACACGUCCCGAAGUUGAUUGGUGGUAUUCCGGUAAAUGCUAAUUGGGGCAUCACCAAGGCUGGGAAACCCAGGAAAAGACUAGCACAGGCCUGCCUAACCUGUCGGGAAAAGAAAAUCAAAUGCCAACCGAACCUACCCAAAUGUGAUCAAUGCCAGAAAUCCGGACGUGAAUGCAGGUUCGAGAGUGCUCCUCGUGGGUCUCGCGGAUCUAUGAGAGGAUCCAGCUCAACAGGACCCCCGAAUAAAUAUGAGAUGAGAGAAGGCUUUUCACCUGGCCCUCAUGCAGCCUCCGAUGUUUCUCCCUCCCUAUACAAUAUACCUCGAGCUUCAAAUAGUGCCACUUCGCUUCCUGGAACAGGCGGGCAAUCGCCAGGGUCCGAAGGCCAAUUGCCUACGCCAUCCGUUGAAGGCACAUACGAUACAAUGACAGACGCAGAGCGAGCAUACCGGUCACGGAUGUAUAGGGUGCCACGUCCUGGGGGUGAUGAUUCUGCCUCUAGAGCCCCGGAGCAUACGGGGACGCUUCGACCAGAAUAUUCAGACAUCUUUGGAGAUCUUCGUGAUACCAAUCCUGAUGAUCCCCUUGCAGAAUCCUGGAGCAUUGAUCCAUACGAAAGUGAUCCGGAAAUGACAUUAUACUAUGUCGAGUCCUACCUCACAUCGGUCAAUGAACUGUACCACAUAUUCCCACACGCUCGAUUUGUCCUGUGGUUAAAAUCGUGCCAUACAAAGUCGGCCGAAGACAAGAUGUUGUUAUACGCGAUGUUGGCGCUGGGAUCCAUGUUCUCUGACUGGUCCGACAGAAUGGGUGCCCUUCGACGGUAUGCCCGAAUCGCACGUUUUGCUAUUCAAAAGAGUCAGCAUACAUUAUCUUUGCAGCUUGCUCAAAGCCACCUAAUCAUGAGUUUUCUCUACUACGCCACUGGAUCAUUAGUGGGAUGUUGGGACUCGAUCGGCGCAGCAGGUCGGGUCGCUAGUGGUCUGCGAUAUAACGUUGAAUCUGGAGGAGUUGUCGUGGACCAGAAUCAAGUUUGUGACUAUGGACUUCAUCCACAGGCAUUGAUUGAGUGCAGACGUCGGACGUAUUGGGUCGCAUACAUUCUAGAUCGUGUCUCGAGUUUCUUUUCCGCGACUUCCACCUUCAUUUCGUCAGAGGCAGCUUUGAUCCGACUUCCAUGCCGCGAGGAGAUAUACGAGGCGCAGCAAUACGCAACCGCGCCGUACUUCCAACCGGUUCUCAACCAGGCUUCUAUCACAGAUGAUGAUCGGUCGGCUCUCAGUCCUAUGGCGUUCUUAAUCCAGAUCAUCUCAAUCUGGGGCGACGUAUCUUUGAAUGUCUUCCGCUUAGCACACGCUCCAUCAGAUGGUUACGCUCAGCUUGCGGAGGAAUUCCACGCAAUAAUCACCCACCGCACGGAAGUGUGGAUCAAAGGACUUCCUGAGCACUUGGUGUUCUCCGCAGUCAACUUAGAGCGAGCCGUCCAAGCAAAGAAAGCGGAUGCUUUCCUCUCUAUCCACAUGAUUUACCACGCCGCCUUGAUAAAACUAUACAGACACGCCCGAUAUUCCAGCCUCAGAUCCGAAAUCCUGGUCCAGUAUAUCCACCGAGCUCGAUACCACGCCGUGGAAGCCUUAAGGAUCGCCAUGGCAGUCAUCCCAUACACCACCACCGACAAAUCCGGACUCAAUGUGACACUUCUCAGCCCAUCCAUAGGCUACUUGGUUCUAUCCGCCGUGGAUGUACUCAGUUCAGCAGGCUUAGUAACAGAGCUGCCAGACUGCAUACCUUUAAUCAGAGGGGCUUUCAGUGUUGUCCAGCUUUUGUGCCGCCACUGGGACGGUUCCAUGGAUCUAGCAAGUUCCAUACACAAGCGCCUGACACUAAUGAUCGAUUGCUCAAACGACCGAAUUCGGUUUCCAGAUAAAAUCGGGUUCGCAGUCGACGGCCUCCCCCUUGAGAUAAAAGCCCGCACAGCUCCUUCAUCUCAACCACUCGGUGUUCUUGAUGAAGAUCUAUUCUACGGAUUGAUGCCAAGAGAAAUGCUCCUCCACGCCAUGCGAGCAGACGAUACCCCUAUCUCCGAAAGCGGCAUUUCCUGGCUCAAGGACCGCUGA